AUGAGAAAUCAGAAACUGAAAAGAAUGCUGGGCGCUGCUGUACUAUUUAUUCUCUUUAGCACAGGGUGCAGGGCAGGCUGGGAUGGUUUUAAUGAAGAGAUAGGAAACAAUGGCGAUCUGUUAGAUGACCAACACAGCAUGUACGGAAUAGAAGAUUUAGACACUUCUUUUAUCGAUUUUCCUUUUCCUGAAGACGAUCCUUUUUGGAACGGAGAGUUUUUCAACAGUGCAGAUCUCUUGGCAGAUCAGCAAGAACAGCCAGCAGAGCACAUACCAGAGGCUAGUAUGGCAGAAAAUGCCUAUACACCCCUAAAUAUAGAAGAAUUAUCUUCUACGGCUGGACCAAGCACACAAGAAAAUCUUUAUAUAACGGGGCAAAAUACACAAGAAAAUCUUUAUAUAACGGGGCCAAGUAUGGCAGAGAAUGUAUACACAGCAUUCAAUCCAGAAGAGAGUGCCUACGUGGCGGGGACAAGUAUGGCAGAUAAUAAUUGUAUGGCGGGCUCAAGUAUGACAGAUAGCUUUUUCAACGAUGCAUAUAAUAGACCUAGCACAUCAAGAGAAGAAUACAGAAUGCCAGAUAGAGUGGAUGACAUAGACUUCAUUCUUAGAGAUUUUCCUGAGGAAAGUUGUUUCUGGGAUAGCUGUCAUGGAGAUUUUGGUGGAACAGAUGGAGUGGCAAGCCAGUACAAUCAGCCUAUGCAGUAUACACCAGAGUCCAA